UCUCAGAUGCACAAUAACUUUCGUGUGAUACUAAAUGUGGGUCUACACGUGGUUUCACACAUGCAUUGAUCAGUCGGCCAUAAAAGGUGCAACAAUGAUUCCAAACUGUGCUUGUUCUCCACCAGCUGCCCGAGUGCUAUGAAAUGGAUUAGUAUUAGCUCUAAUUACCAGUCAGACACAAAGCUGCCAAAUCCUUACGUAAUGUUGACCUAACCUGUGGGAUUACAGUCUGAGCAACGUAUGGAAAAGCUGCUCUAAUUGGGGACGCGCAGCUUUCACGGGUGGCUACAGUUCGGAGGCCUUUUGUGAUGGCGUAGCUUGACAGUUUUGGCGUCUUUCUGGACUCGUGCAUCGUUGGUGAGUCUUAGAACAGUUGGCAUCCGCACUAUAGCACCCUUGGGUCCCAUCUUCUACAGAAAAACAUGGGCCCGCUGGUGCUUUCCCCUCUUAUCUAUCCCUCGUUUGGGGACACGGCAAAGCAGCGAGUGGUUGAAAAGGCGCGGCGUUGACCACAAAAGGAAGUGUUGGAGUCCCAUCAGCUCGUCCAAGGCAGCGGCAUUGUUGUCUUCGAGGGAGGCCUGCUGUCACUGCGGACCUGUUUUUUUGCGUGUGAUGGAAAGCUCCGUCGGAGGGGGGGACGUCCUGCGGCGUUCUUCAGAGAUUAGACCUCUCGCCCGUCAUGGCCGUUGCUGCUCCAGCCCAGAUAAAGAGCUAUCGGCCUUGCAGACGCGUUAGAGACUCCCAACUGAUUCCAGAUAAUGGCCGUAACAUUCACUAUUGGGGCGAUGCGGGUUUUUGGACGUCAGAAGGGCACUCGGUGUGAGUUGGGUGCAGCCGCUGGGCUUCGGAAGCCUUUCGUGGGCUUCGUCUGUACAUGAAGAAAAAAAGGUCGUUCUGUUCACAACUUGUCAGAAGUUUGAAUGCUUCGCAAAAGGCCGUGUGGCUCGGUUUGGCUUUUAUAACAGCGUGUAUGUCAUGGAGCAGAGGAAUGUUUGUAAUUAUGUUAUAAACCUCGCCCAUUUAAAGAACUCAGCCCAGAUUUAUGGGAUAAAAACAAAACAAAACAUAAUGCCAGAGUAUGAGAAAGAUGACGAAUUGUUGUGAUUCUCCGUCACGAGAAGGGAGGUUGUUUAGGGCUCAGAGUCCAGAAUGUCAGGCCAGGAAAAAAACAACAUAAUUUACAGUUUUCAAUUUGUGUAAACAUGAUGUGAAAGACGGUUGUAGUUUUUGCCAAUUUCCUUUCUUUUGGGUGAUUUUUUUUUCUUUUCUUUUUGGCGUCUGCACCCUCCACCGAGCCAUCACUGUUAAUAUAUGAACAAUGGUUUCCUCCACCGCCGCGUGUGCCCGGUUAUCUCUGCUGUGGGCCGCAGACCUGCCUGCUCGAUGGUCACACACAACAGCACAAGCUGGCCUGACCCGCUGCGGCUCCAGGCUCUGAUCCGAUCUUCUCCUCAAGGACACGACCCAAAGCUGCCAGACGUCCUCGAACCGCGUUGAUCUUUGCCGGGGGAAAAAAAAACACACACUUUUUAAGUUGUUUUCUCGACGCGAUGCGAGUCAGUAAUGGGAACCGUACGCUGAAAGCAAACACCUCCUGCAGUGUGUCAGCUCCCUCAAGGUCUUGUGAUUCUGCACCCCCCCCACUCCACCCGCAACCGCUGAUGUCGCCGCUUUUGUUUCCCACGGUGUCUCAUCUUCUGCACACAGCGCUCGUUUGUUUCACACACACACACACUCUCUCUCUCUCUCUUUAUCUCGGCCAUUAAAACAUCCUCUGACCCACGACCGGCUUGCGUCCGCUGCACUUUGCUUCGAAACCCCCUUGCUGACGUCACCUCGGGUGGAACGGAUCGAGAACCCGGACCCUCUGCGCCGUGUGCACACUCGCAUCUCUGGCUAAUCAGCCGCGUACUGUAACCGCGCAGCAGCGCUAAUGCGAAAAGGGGUUGUUUUGAUAACCGCAAGGUCAGCUAUUCUCAGCCGGCCCCUGAGGAUUCAAUUACACAACUUUGACUUUGCUCUAUUCCUCUUUGUGUGCUCCAGUGUGGAACACUUGGAGGAAACUCGCUCUCUCAGACGACUGAUAAUCCCCGCGUCGACAGGCAGGAACAAAACAAGGAUUGGCGCCGGAGAGUGAAGAGCAUUCCCGGGAGGAGUUGAGGGCCGCCGUCUUAACCGUUUUUUUUUUUUUUUAUGAGAAACCAGCGUGUCCACGCCCUGCCGGUCAAGAUGGACGCCAGCUUUUCUUGCCCUCGCUGGAAAAACUUGGAAGAAAGAUGUGUGUCGCCAUGGUGAUCAUUUUCAAGAAAACACUGGAAAAAAAGGGCGCCGAUGUAACAUCCAAAAGUACAGAUUUGGGCCCGUUCCAGGCACAGACCAUGACCCAGGGAACUGCCCUUUUCUCUUGUGGACUCAUGGAGACAAGCCGGUGGCGCGAGUUGGGUCACAGCUGCGCUGUACAGCCGAGGCCGGUCGGCACCAGCCUGGAGAGCCUGUGGGACGUCCUGCCCGAGGUGCACGAGAGCUCCGCCCACUGGGACUGGGACGUCGGCUCCACUUCGACCACCAUCACCAGCCUGUUGCGCGACCUCAGCCUGACCGAGGCCGGGUCCUCGCACUCCACCGCGCCCCCCAGCAAGCGGCAGUGCCGCUCCCUGUCUUGCUCGGAGGAGCUCGCCGGCUGCCGCUCGCCCUGGCGCCCGCAGGGCUCCCGCGUGUGGACGGCGGUAGUGAAGCGGCGGUGCCACAGCGGCGGCAGCGUCCAGCGCGGCGGGGGCGGCGCGGCCCACGCGCAGCCGGCCUUCCCGGCCGUGCAGCGCAGCUCCAGCUUCAGCCUGCCUGCCCGCGCCAACACCCCCGGCGCUCUCCCCUGCCCCCCGGCCUUCCGAGGCCUGACGCCGUCCUCCUCCACGACUCCUCCCUCGGAGCCCUCGGCGCUGCCCCCCUACCUCUCUCACGAACCGAUCUGCCUCCCCGAGCCCCGCGGACCCUCGCCGGCCAGCUCCCCGGACUCCACGCCGGAGCUGGAGCGCCGCGGCGGCGUGGGCCUCGCCCGCAGUCGCUCGCAGCCGUGCGUCGGCGUGAAGCGCAGGAGGCCGGCCUUGGACCUGGCCAAGAUGAGCGAGAAACCCUGCAGCUUCCACAGCCUCGGCUACCCAGGAGUCGCAGGCGAAGACGUCUCCGCGGGCGGCCGGGCGGCGGUGAGCGAGCCGUCGGAGCCCGCCGCCGCCGAGGAGGAGGUGAACUGGUCGCCGGGCACGACCAACGGGAAGGACAGCGAGCCUCUGUGGGCAGGGCGGUGCAGCAUGAGGAAGGACGUGCAUCAACUCGGAGGCGAGAUCGACAUCGAGCAAAUCGAGAGGAACUGAGCUGAGGGGACCAAAAGUUGAUCGGCAGGUGGAACAGCAAGCAGUACCGGUAGUCUUAAGUAAAAGCAAGUGGAAAGCUGAUGCAGCAACAGCGUUCCAGCACUAGUUUCUUUUUUUUUUUUUCCCCAAAGGAGAAAUUGAGCAGAAGUUUUUGGAGGCUUUGUGUAGUAAGAAGCUACUCCCACACUGUGCGUUAUCUCAACCGUGUCUCAGAAGAACAUGGAAGUAUGGAAGGACUGAUUCUUGGGUGGAGAUGAUGGAUCUGAUGAAUAUAACAAGUAUAUAUUGUUUUUGGCUUAGAGAGACUUCGGGGGGGGUUUAACAUUUCGCCGUAACCCCGAUUACCUUCAUUGUAUUGCGUUUGGAGAGAAUUCACAGCAGGUUUGUAUCAAUUCUCUGCACUAGAAAGAGUUUCCGUUCCUCUUCAAUAGCACACGAGUACAUGAUGGACAGAAAUGAAGACUACUUAGUAAAGUAAAGCCCCUUUCACUUACUGAGCAACGAGCCGCAGCCACACACAACCUGUAAAGUAUAUUAAAGAGCUUAACAUUUCACACAGUAACAUCAGGCUUCUCUCUGAGAUGAGUUUGUGUGAGAAGAGCUUUGUGAUUCUAAUAGUGUUAAUAUUCUUUUUACAAUUUGUAAUUACAAAGUUAUGUAAAACAUGAGCAUAUUUCUAUACAAAUAAAACACAGUUUUAAAUGUG